AAAUAAUAUAGGUGGAGGCACAAUCUAAUGCUGUAACUGCCGAUGGAAGCCAAGAUGGGUAGCUUCUUCGAAUCCAUCGGAAACUUCUUCUCCGGUGGCGAUCAGAUCCCUUGGUGCGACCGUGACGUCAUCGCUGGCUGUGAGAGAGAAGUUGCAGAGGCUUCUAAUGGUGACAAUGAGGAGCGGAAGAAUGAGAGCAUAAUGAGGUUGUCAUGGGCCCUUGUUCAUUCAAGGCAAAAGGAAGAUGUUCAGCGCGGGAUAGCCAUGCUUGAAACUUCUUUGGGAAAUGAUAAAAGUCCUUUGCAUCAAAGGGAGAAGCUUUAUCUUCUGGCUGUUGGUUAUUAUAGAAGUAAUGACUACGCUAGGAGCCGGCAGCUUUUGGAGCAAUGUUUGAAUAUUGCACCCGAUUGGAGGCAGGCACUAUCCCUUAAGAAAAUAGUUGAAGAUCGAAUUGCUAAAGAUGGUGUAAUAGGAAUUGGCAUCACUGCAACAGCUGUGGGACUUAUAGUUGGUGGCAUUGCUGCCGCUUUGGCCCGGAAGAGUUGAGAAUCCUAAAAACAUGUUUGCAUAUUAAGCCUCUCGUCUUUUUUUUUGUUAUCUUCUGGAACUGGAAACAAGUUGAAGUCAAUCGGGAAAUAAUCCUCCGUUGACAGCUACAGUUUUCAACCCCUUUUAUUUUGUUUGAAGGAGCAUUUUUACUGA